UAACUUAUUUAACUUAAUGAAUUUUCGAACUCAACCGUUUCAGGACUUCAUUAAAAAAAUAUAUGUACCAGGUUCCAUUUUCGUUUGCGUUUGAUUAUUUGUGUAGCUUCGGCUUUAUUAUGGCCGUGAUUCGAUUUGAAAUAGGCCUACACACUGUUUUAGAGAAACGUGCGUGCAAAGUUCUAUUUAAAACCACUUAGGCUACUUUUCGUGCAGUGAAAAUGUAUUUUCAUAAGAUCAUGCAAAAUAUGUUAGUGUAAAUGAACCAGCUAAAGGUCAAAUAGGAGCUUCUUGCAAUAAAAUGUCAUUUAAUAGCAUAGCCUGUGCAUCAACUAAACACACAUGGCCGAAACCAUAGUCAAAUGUUAUCUUGUUCCAUUUUACCUCCCUCCGAAGAGCACUUAAUACCCGCACCGUUUCCAAGUUUCUGAUCGUUGAUGAUAAUCUAUCUCCCUGCUUUAACAGGCCAGUCGCUAGGGUAACCACGCGUCGUAAUCCUGCGCAGUGCACAUCACAGUGGGAUACAGCAAACUCAAGCGUAUGCAGUCACACCGUGCGUGGAAUUCUAGUAUUCUUCCCUUGAUAUACUGCAUAAUAUGGCGUUGUGAGUGAUAGGUGCACAGCUAGAACACAGCAAUACAGUCGUUUUUCGUUAUCGUGUGAGGAGAACAUGAGCAAUGGAUGGACAUAAUGAACAGAACUCUCCAAAUGGAGCACCGAAUAACACGGAGAUGCUUUUUGCCUUGCUGGCCCAGAGCGAGGAAUUACGUAAAGAAAUUCCUGUAUGCGCUGGCUGUAAUCAACACAUCGUGGACCGCUUCAUCCUCAAAGUGCUGGACCGCCAUUGGCACAGCAAGUGCCUGAAAUGCAGCGACUGCCAAUCCCAACUAGCGGACAAGUGCUUCAGCCGGGGAGAUAGCGUUUACUGCAAAGAAGAUUUUUUUAAAUUUGGGACCAAAUGCGCCGCGUGUCAGCAAGGUAUUCCUCCGACGCAGGUGGUGAGGAGGGCACAGGAUUUCGUAUACCACCUGCACUGCUUCGCGUGCAUCGUGUGCAAGAGGCAGCUCGCGACAGGUGACGAGUACUACCUGAUGGAGGACAGCAGGCUCGUGUGCAAGGCUGACUACGAGACCGCCAAACAGCGAGAAGCUGACUCAACAGCGAAAAGGCCACGAACGACCAUCACCGCGAAACAGCUCGAGACCCUGAAAAACGCUUACAACAACUCUCCCAAACCGGCCCGCCACGUACGAGAACAGCUAUCGUCAGAAACUGGCCUAGAUAUGCGGGUUGUUCAGGUCUGGUUUCAGAACAGGCGAGCAAAAGAGAAGAGGCUGAAGAAGGAUGCAGGCAGACAGAGGUGGGGACAGUACUUCCGCAACAUGAAGAGGUCGCGAGGUAGUUCCAAAUCAGACAAGGACAGCAUCCAGGAGGAGGGCAUGGACAGCGACGCUGAGGUCUCCUUUACAGACGAGCCACCCAUGUCGGAGCUCAGUCACUCCAAUGGCAUCUACAGCGGCCUGAGCGAGUCGUCUCCAGCCAUGGGGGGCAGCCACGGCCCCUUCCCCCUGGAGCAUGGAGUCCUCCCCUCUCAGGACCAGUACCGUGACAUCCGCUCCAGCAGCCCCUACGGCCUACCCCAGUCCCCAGGUUCGCUUCAGGCACUGCCCAGGCACCAGCCCCUCAUCUCCAGCCUGGUCUACCCUGACUCCGGCCUGUCCAUCAUGACCCAAGGCGGGGCCCCGGGGCUGAACCCAGGCAUGAGAGGAGUGUUGGGGGGCACUAACGGCCCCAGCUCGGAUCUGUCCACUGGCAGCAGUGGGGGCUACCCAGACUUCCCAGCGAGUCCAGCUUCCUGGUUGGAUGAAGUGGACCACGGACAGUUUUGAUGAGCUGGGUUGAUUGGUCAACGUGGUCUAAGGACUCAAAGGUGUUUUUUCUGUGUCUUCUCCUGCGGGUGUCAAAAACUGGAAAAGAGACAGUCACGCAAGACCUGUGAAACAGAGAGACCGGGUCAGACGGUUGCUGUCUUUCACCCUCCUUGGAUCACUCUGUCUCUGUCAAUGAACUGUCAAUGAAUAUUUUUAAUUUCUCCUGAUCUGAGUGGACUGAAAGGAAGGAUUGGGCCAUCAAAAAAUAUGAAUGGUAGCACUUGGAAUUCACACACCAUUCCUUAAAGAUAACAAGACUGAGAGAAAUGGAGUGCUGGCCUGUUCUGAAUGAUCAUUUAGCUACUGACGAAGUGUUGAUAUGUUGCUCAAAUAUCGUCAAGAGUAGGGUGUGAAAGGAAAGCCCCUCACUUCUACAAUCUGAACUUUAACGGUCAGACAGACAUACUCCAUCUCUCAGCCUGAAGUCUUCACAGCACUCAUCAAACAGCCCUCCACCAUUGAACUAUGUGUACAGCAACUUUCCACCAUCAUGCUUUUGAUCCCUAUGGUGUCAUCAAUAUUACACCAGAGGAAACUCACAGAUACACACCAUUUCCAGCUGUGAUAUCAUUGUGACAACUUAGCAAAUUCAGACUUUUGCCCAAUUGGAUUUUAUUAGACUCCAAUCCUUUCCACCUUACUCUUCUCUCUGUUUCAAAAAAAAAAAAGUGUACCGAUGCAGGUUUUGGUUCAGAGUUUUUAUGUGUCUGGUUGUUGCCAAAUGUCUAUGUAUAUUAUGGUUUAUCAUUGUGGAGAAUUUAUUUUUAUACAACCCCUUCGACAACAUGAAUACCACAGAUAUUAGGACUUUGUACAUUGACGGCUAGGGAUCUAGACAAGUUGUAGAUGUCGCCUCCCACCGAUAACUAGAGGUCCAGUUACUUCUAUGCAUUUGUGUGUUCUCAGAUGUAUCUUGUUUGUUUCAUUCUAUUGAAAUUACCUGGGCAUGCUGAAACCCAGGCUGGUGUACGUGUUUGUUUAUGUGGAAGAUGUUUUAUGUCUUAUUUAUUCUCUCUGAUGAUGAUUAAGUGAUACAGGUCUUUAAUAAAUUUGUCAGCUAAAUCCAAACUGA